AUGUCCCAAUCGACAGUGCCACAACCAGAUUUGCUUUUGUUUGCUAUCAAAGGGAUGCGUCACACUGUUAGCCACGCCGGGACUGAAGUGAUCAAUAUGAAUUUCCUACAAAUGGAGAGACUCCCUCAUGACCCCAACUUCUUCCCUGCUGACUUGGUGAUUGAUGAGGAGGUCCAGAGUCAGUUGAGGGAUGAUGUUAUCUUGGUGUUCCCCCAACCCAAUGCAACUACUGGAGUGGAUAAUGCUACUAAGAAGGAGGCCUCUGUUAUGAAUCAAGAGGAAGAGUAUGAACCUGAGUGGAAUGUGGUGAGAAAUAGGAAAGCGAAAGCUAAAGCUGGCAUAAGAGAUGGGAAAACUUUCAAGGAGACUGCUAAAGGUGUUAAAAUUGGAGGUAUGAGUGAAGGGUCUGUGAGGCAUGCUGCUGCUAUGGAUGUUCAUUCUCUAAAUGCAAGGGGGAAAGAUGUGCUUGAGAAGACUAGUCUGAGUCAAGAUGCUGCUAGUAAGAAUCAACUUAUGGCUUAUAAGAGCCCUAAGAAAAGAACUCUAGAAGAAGUUGAGGAGCAUGAAGAAGAAUCUGAUUCCACUUCUUUUCUUUAUAUGCAAUUCAGCAAGGCUAGGGAGAAAAUUGCAAUCAAGUGCUUGAAAAGCAGAGAAUACAGUUCAUCGGUUCCCGUUAGGUACAUUCCCAAGAAAUCUUCUCAAGUUAAAAAGUCGGAGAAUUAUCAGCAGACAAAGGUUUCUGAACAAAAGAAGUCCCGUGAAUUUCCAGAUGCGGGUGCAUUGAAGAGUGAGGUUAAACAAUGUGGAAGAGGUGUGCAGAAAAAUAGGGGCUUCGAUGAGAAGCCUCAGAAUCAAAAUCACGUUUUCUACAAGAACUACUUGUUUAAUGAUGUUGAGAAAGCAUCUCCAGAGUUGGAAGAUCAGAUUGAUCAUCUUUCGGGGGAUGUAGGCUAUGAACUCAUGGAAGAACCUGAGGAGGUUUUUGAAGAGUUAAAUACUCAUCAAGUGAAAAAAUGUUAUGAAAAGGAUGUAUUGCAUGAUGCUGAGAAAGUGGCAAUAAAAUUACUUGGAACCAGGGCUUUCACAGCAGUUGAACUGAGAAAGAAAUUACACGGAAAGAACUUUUCUCUAGAUACCGUUGAGGCAGUAAUAAAUGACUUCAUUAGCAGAGGCCUAAUCAAUGAUAGCUUGUAUGCGGAAGCAUUUUCUCGUUCUAGAUGGUCUUCCUCAAGUUGGGGACCAAGGCGGAUAAAGCAAGCACUUUUCAGCAAGGGAGUGAGUAAACUUGAUGCUGAGAAUGCAAUUAAAUUGGUUUUUGAGGAGGGAGAAUCAGAUAAUGAUCAGAAGUUAGUUCAUGGCCUGUCAAAGCUCUCAAUGGAUAAUUUACUUGUUCAGGCCUCAAAGCAGUGGCUUCGAGGUCAAGAAGUGCCUAAAGAGACAAGGAAAUCAAGGAUUGUUCGUUGGCUUCAGUAUCGUGGAUUCAGCUGGGAUGUUAUUGGCUUCGUAUUAAAGAAGUUAGAAUCUCAGUACCCACCCUAG